CUGAGGAUUGUUCUCCUGGGUAAAAGCAUGUCAGAAAACAGCCGUGUGGGAAACUUGAUCUUGGGUCGAUCAGCGUUUGACAGUGAAGCUCCAUCAGAUGUUGUGGAGAGAGUCGGAGGAAGACUGAUAGACAGACCUGUGACGCUCGUCAACAGUCCUCAGCUGCUCCACACCAACAUCUCAGAUGAUCAGAUCACACAGACGGUCAGAGAGUGUGUGAGUCUGUCUGAUCCAGGACCUCAUGUCUUCAUCAUCAUUCUGCAGUAUGAAGACUUCACUGAGGAGGAAAUGAGAAGAGUCAGAAAUGUGCUCAGGCAGUUCAACGAAAAGACGAUGGAACGAGUCAUCAGGAUCACGACUGAUGAAAAGGCACAUGAUUCUGAAGGGUCACCUGUGAAGGUGAAUGAAAUCCUCCAGCAGUUUUCUGCAAGACAUCUACAGCUUGAUAAAAACAUUGAGGAGUGGCGCACUUCAAUAUUACAGCAGAUAGAGAAGAUCCUCCGAGAAAACAGUGAAGAGUUUCUGCCAUGUGAUUCAUUUGAUGUUUCAGAAGGAACAUCUGUGGAUGAUCUGAACACCUUGAGUUAUUCACUCAGAAUAGAAGAGGAAGAUCCCGAUGGAGAGCAUGACAGAAAAGCUCUUGAAACUCAUUCUGAGAAGAAAGAAGCAAAAGGUUUUCUUUACAAUAUACCCACAAUAUCAUUUUUUGGUAAUCCAGAAUCAAAAACAGAGCAUGAUCAAGCCAAGGGAAGUGUACAAGUCACCAAAAAGCAGAAGCUGAACUUGGUGCUGUGUGGGAGUGACGGAAGACUGAAAGCCUCCGUAUCAAAACUUAUAAGAGGGAAAAAGACAUUUCUUCCUCCCUUACAUCAGGAAGAGUGUGUGAGGACCGAUGUGGAUCUUCAUGGUCAUCUGAUCAAUGUGCUGGAGCUUCCAGCUCUCAGUCAAAUCUCAGAGGAGGAAGUGAUGUGUCAGACUCUGCACUGUGUGUCUCUCUGUGAUCCUGGAGUUCAUGCUUUCCUCCUCAUUAUUCCUGAUGCUCCACUGACUCAUGAAGAUAAAGCAGAAAUUGAGGAGAUCCAGAAGAUCUUCAGCUCCAGAAUCAACAAACUCGUCAUAAUCCUUAUAAUGCAAGAGAAGAGCAUUCUGAGGAAACUUAUCAGUAGUAGAAGUCACGUUACACACAUUGAUACCUAUAUUCAAACAUUUGGAGCUCGACGGUUUGUUCUGGAGAACAGCUCACAGGUUCCUGAUCUGCUGCGGGAUGUGGAGAACAUGGUGGAAGAGAACAGAGGGAGUUUCUACACCUCCUUCAUGCUCCUUCAAGCUCAGAUAGAGCUGGAGAGAAACAAGUACAAGGCUGAAAUAGAGGAACUGAAGAGAUUCAUGAUGAAAACUCAGUCAGCAGCAGUUCCUGAUUGUUCAGAAGAUCUCGAGUGUCUGAGGAUUGUGCUGAUCGGGAGAACAGGAAGUGGAAAGAGCGCAACAGGGAACACAAUUCUGGGAAGAAAGGAGUUUCUCAGCCAAUUAAACACAGAUUCAGUGACGACGGUGUGUGAGAAGAGAGUUGGAGAAGUUGCUGGUCGAUCAGUAGCUGUUGUUGAUACUCCAGGACUCUUCGACACGACACUAACAAAUGAUCAAGUGGUGGAAGAAAUAGUGAAGUGUGUUUCAAUGUCAGCUCCAGGACCUCAUGUGUUUGUCAUUGUGGUCAGUGUGGGAAGAUUUAUACAGGUAGAAUCAGACACUGUAAACCUGAUCAAGCAGAUAUUUGGUCUAAAAUCUGCUCAGUUCAGCAUCGUUCUCUUCACCAGAGCAGACGAACUUGAAGAUGAAUCUAUAGAGGAUUAUCUGAAGAGAAGCAAAUCUGCAGAACUGCAGAAACUGAUCAGAGAUUGUGGAAACAGAUUCCUGGCGUUCAAUAAUAGAGAAAAACAUGACAAAACUCAAGUGAUGACGCUGUUAAACAUGAUAGUAGAGGUGAAAACUAAUAAUCAGAGUGGAUACUUCACUAAUGACAUGUUUGAGGAGGCAGAGAUGUCCAUUAAGAAGAAGAUGGAGGAAAUCAUGAAAGAGAGAGAAAGAGAGAUGCAGAAACAGAAAGAAGAGUUACAAGACAAAUAUGAGAUGGAGAUGAAGACACUAAAGGAAAGACUGGAAGAAGAGAAAAGAAAAGCAGAUGAGGAAAAACAACAUAGAGAGAAUGAGUUUAGACAAAGAGAGGAAAAACUCAUCAAAGAGUUUGAAGAGAAACACAAAGCAGAACAACAGAAACAAGAGAUGGAGAAACAGAAACUAUUAGAAGAGGAAAAACAGAAAAAAGCAGCAUAUGAUCGAGAAAUUGAGGAGAUGAAGAGAGAGAUGGACAACCAGAGAUCACAGUAUGAACAACAGCAGAAAGAAAGAGAAGAAGAAGACAGAAAGAGAGAAGAGAAAUACAGACAAGACCAAGACAAGAUGAAAAGUGAACAAGAGCGAAUUAUAGAAGAAUUAAAGAUGAAGCAUAAAGAAGAAACAAAACUGAGGGAUUUAGAGGAGAAGAGGAGGAAAGAAGAAGAAGAGAAGGAGAGAGAGAGAUGGAAAAGAAGAAUAAAAGAAGCUGAAAAUGACAAAGAAGAGAUUCAAGAGGAAAUUAAACGACAGCAGAGAGAAUGGGAGGAUGAGAAGAAACGACAGAUGAAAGAACGAGAGGAAGAAGAAAAAAACAGAAAAGAAAAACAUGAGGAACAACUGAGAGAAAAACAAGAAGAGCUGGAGAAACUGAGGAAGAGAUUUGAAGGAGAAAGAGAAGAAGAACGACAGAAGAUGGAGGAGGAGAAACAGAAACAGAAGAGAGAAAGAGAAGAAAAGGAGAGAGAAUAUGAGGAAAAGAGAGAGGAGACAAAGAGACAUUAUGAGGAGCUGGAGAGAGAGAGGAAAGAGGAGUGGGAGAGAAGAACACAAGAAUAUGAAGAGAGACGAGAAGAAGAAAAAACAAAAUGGAAUAAAAAAAUUGAAGAUCUGAAAAGAGAGCAAGAAGAUGAGAUCAAGAGAAGAGAAACAGAAGAGAAAGAAAAAGAAAAGAGAGAAGAGGAAGAGAGAGAUGAAAUGAAACAGAAACAUGAAGAGGAAAUAAAACAGAUAAAGAAGAAACAUGAAGAUGAAGCCAGAAAAAAAGCAGAAGAAAUGAAUGAUUUCAGAGAGAAAAAAGAGCAGCACGUUCAGGAGCUUCAGCAAAAGCUGGAAGAUCACCAGAAACAACAGGAAUUAAUGGAGAAGCUUUACCAACACAUUAAAGAUGAGAAAAGCGAAGAAGUGAAAGAACUAAAGAGAGGGAUUGAAGAUUUAAAAAAGAAAUCAUGUAGACUUAUGUGAAACAAUUAUGACCAUUAUGUAGCCAAACAUACAUUAGGCUUAUUGUUGUUAUCUUUAGCUUAGCUUUGGUUACACAAGGACACAAACUUGUGGAAAACUGAAAAGACACAUUUUUAAAAAAUCCUCCUGAAUCUACCAAACUUUAUCUAAGUUUCAAAUCCAUUGCGUCACGAUCCCCAGCGAUCGUAACUCCCUAGAUCGCUGGUUUGCACAUAAGGACUACAAAUCUGCUUGUAAAUGGACUACAUAUUCAGUCAUGACACACACACACACACACACACACACACACACACACACACACACCUGCUCCAAGUAUCUACUGAUUACACUCACACCACCUGAGGAUUGUCAAAGACUCAUUACAAACACCAUUCAAGCAGCACACACACUCAUUCACAAUGCCGAGUCUUGUUAUCUGUAAAGUGGCAUUUCAAU